AUGUUCUAUGAAAAGCUACUUCCUCUCAUGGGAUUUCCUAAGGCCUCCAACGUCGCUAGGGCCCCAGGACCUGCUCUUGCACUGCCGCUGCCUGAUGCUUCCUCCACAAGGAUGUCUCACUGCAUGGUGCUGACAUCAUGUGGCUCCUUGGUCGAUUCUGGAACAAGAACCAGCAUCUUCAUUCCUGAUGAGCCCAGAAUGUUAAGCAAAGCCCACAUUGAGAAUCACGAGCUAAGGGCUGAGCUGAAUGAUUUAAAAAGUUUUGAGUUUGGCCAGAAAAUAAGCUGCAGUAAAGUUGGAACCUGCAAAAAUGGAGCAGAAGAGAGCCUGGUUACUAAAAAGAUUAGCAAUGAAACAAAGCUGAGUACCUUGCAACAGGGCAAUAAAAAAGAUGGCUUGAAGGCAAUACAGAAACCAGCAGGACCCCACUCUUCACAGGCUCAACAUUACAAAAGUGAAAGACUUUUUUUUGAGGAGAUAGCCCCAGGGAACCCUGCUGGACAAGGAGAAUGGCAGCCUAGGACCUUUAUUCCUCGGGAUUUAAUUCUCAGUGCUCAGCCAUCCAGGCACUCAGAGGUCAGUGCAGCCAUGUUUCAAAGAGGCCUGGCUACUGUUCGAACUGGCAGCAGACUUUGGCCUUAUCCAUAUGGUGCUGGUUUAUCAGACUUGCAGAAUGCAAGAAUCGUGGAGUCAGAGGAGCUUCCACCCAGAUUUCAGAAGAAGAAAUGGGAAACCAAGCAGUGUGUCCCUGAGUGUGCAGUGCACGAAGCUACGGGCUGGUUUUCUCUUCACGGAUUUUGGUCUGCUUUCUUUUACAGCAUAGGUGGAGAAGUAGGACGAGGCCACGACGCGAGCUACGUGGGCAAGCAUUUCCGCAUGGGAUUCAUGACGAUGCCCGCUCCUCAGGACAGGCUUCCCCAUCCCUGCUCCCCUGGGUUCACCGUGAGGUCCCAGUCCCUGCACUCUGUCGGGGGCACCGAGGAUGACACCACUUGCUCCCGGAGACAGCCACCACCCAAGCCCAAGCGGGACCCGAGCACCAAGCUGAGCACCUCCUCUGAGACAGUCAACAGUAGCACUGCCAGUAAGGGCGGGAAGCCCCCGGAGAGGACGGAAGUGUCAGCCAAACCGAGACCCCACAGUGAUGAAUAUUCCAAGAAGAUCCCCCCUCCGAAGCCUAAAAGGAAUCCCAACACUCAGCUGAGCACAUCUUUCGAUGAGACCUACAUCAAAAAGCAUGGGCCACGGAGGACGUCGCUCACGCGGGACUCCUCGCUCUCCCAGGUCAGCAGCCCCGCUGGGGACCCCGAGGAGGAGGAGCCUGUGUACAUAGAGAUGGUGGGCAACCUCCUCAGAGACUUCAGGAAGGAGGAUGAGGACCAGAGUGAGGCCGUCUAUGAGGAGAUGAAGUACCCCAUUUUCGACGACCUGGGCCAGGAUCCCAAGUGUGACCUGGACCGUCAUAGCUGCUCCUCGCAGUGUGCCACUCCCACGGCGCCUGACUUGGACUUGGCCAAGUCUUCAGUGCCAUGCACGCCCAAGGGUCUGCUCUGUGACAUCCCCCCACCCUUCCCCAACCUGCUUUCUCACAGGCCCCCACUGCUGGUGUUCCCCCCGGCUCCUGUGCACUGCUCCCCCAAUUCCGACGAGUCUCCGCUGACCCCCCUGGAGGUCACCAAGCUCCCCGUGCUGGAAAACGUGUCUUACAUGAAGCCACCACCAGCCGGAGCGCCACCACCCUCUGGCCACGCCAAGCUGGACAAGGACCAGGCUGGGACCCUGGGCCCCGCCCCGGCCGCUGCUGUGUUGUCUUCAUCCCCUCCACCCCCUUCCACUCUGUACCGAACCCAGUCUCCCCACGGAUACCCUCAAAGUCACUCCAGCUCCCCGUCGCCCGUCAGCAUGGGCCGAUCCCUGACCCCGCUUAGCCUCAAGAGGCCCCCCCCUUACGACGCCGUGCAUUCCGGCAGCCUCUCCCGGAGCUCGUCCUCAGUGCCUCCUGCCACCCCCAGGCCCGUGUCGCAGGAUGGGGCCAAGAUGGUCCAUGCCGCGGUGAACACCUAUGGGUCGGCUCCCAGCAGUUCUCGAUCCAGGACACCCACGAGUCCCUUAGAAGAACUGACCAGCCUCUUUACCUCAGGACGCAGCCUGCUGCUGAGGAAAUCAUCCAGCGGCCGGCGCUCCAAAGAGCCGGCAGAGAAGUCCACAGAGGAGCUGAAAGUCCGAAGCCACAGCACGGAGCCAUUACCAAAGUUGGACAGUAAAGAGAGAGGGCACCACGGAGCGGCUUCCUCCAGAGAGCCUGUCAAAGCUCAGGAAUGGGACGGAACCCCAGGCCCACCUGUGGUCACCAGCAGAAUGGGAAGAUGCUCUGUGAGCCCCACCUUGGUGGCAGGAAACCACAGCUCAGAACCUAAAGUAAGCUGCAAAUUAGGCCGGUCUGCAUCUACAUCAGGUGUGCCGCCUGCAUCAGUUACUCCUCUCAGGCAAGCCAGUGACCUGCAACAGAGCCAGGUGGCAUGCAUGCAGUGGUUUCAUGGAGACCAUACAAUGCUUGAGAUGAUUGAGAAAAAGCGUUGCUUAUGCAAGGAAAUAAAGGCUAGACAGAAAACGGAAAAGGGCCUUUGCAAACAGGAUAGCAUGCCUAUCCUACCCAGCUGGAAGAAGAACGCAGGUGCAAAGAAGUGCAGCCCUCCGCCCUAUUCUAAGCAGCAAACAGUAUUCUGGGAUACUGCCAUAUGAGUGUGUGCAGGACACGGGACUCCACGCCACUUAAUACAAUACGAAGAGGGAGGUCGACUCGGUCAUGUGAUAGUUCAUGGUUGUGUAUCUUCUCUGUGGGAAUGCAGUCCUACAGGAGGCUGUGCAUACCCAUGGCAAGUUCAAGAUGAAAUGUAUCCGUCCUUGAAAUCAAGGCACACGAAUUUAUCCCAGAUUAUUUUGAAUCCAGAAGAUAUUAAAGUGUAAAUAGUUUACUAGUUUAUGGGUGACUCCUGAAUCAAUACACACUAUACGUAAACGACAGAAAUAUCGAGUUUACUAUAUGACAUAAUUUUGGUAUUAACUGGUUUGUUAUCUCUUUUAUAUGUAAUUCCUUGAUGCCUUUUAUUAUUGUUUUGUCUUUUAAAACCCUUUUCUUUUUCCUCCUCCCUACAUAUGGCUUCUGUAUAAGAGCUCACAGCUAUAAAUCAUAUUCAACCACAUAAUACAUGAUCUGGUGCUAGUAAUGUAAAAGUUGAAUGUCACAUUCAUUAAGAACACCCGCUGCUUUUUAGGGUUCUAAGAUUUUGACAGGAAAUAAAUGCAAAACUGAUGUUAAUUUGGAUGUCCAGGUUACACUGACACCAACAUUCUUGUGACAUUGGUUUCAUAAAAUUUCCUCUCCAAUACCUUCUUGAUUAUAUCAAACAGUGGUUAGUCAGAGUGCAGAGAAAGUUGCUAGGACAUUUCCUUCAGAAAUGACUUAGGGACACAUGUCCUUGCAUCAUGGAUCUGAUGGGAGGAGACCAGGGUUCACUGUGACAAUGGAAGGAGUAAGGAAUCAAAAGUUCAAGAGCAAGAUUGCAUUAGAGAGGGUGAAGCCAGUGGCUCUGUGGUCACCACAAUCAGUUUUCAAGUAACACUUCAUGUGCGUGAUUGUUUCCCCUAGAAAAAGUAAUAAACAUUCAACUAGAUGAACUUACAUAUUUUGGUCCACGAAAUGUCAAUCUUUCUCAAAAUUUAAAUCCAUGAAUGGAAAAGUAUUUUUCGUUAUUUUUUUCAAACUCGUUAUUACAUUUUGGGUCACAAUCCGUGCAUAACCCUCAUGGCAAUUCUUACCAAUCAUGACUCCAUGACCAAAGAAUUAUGAUCACGUCUUUAUUUUAUAUUUUUUCAAGGAAGAAACAGGAAAUACAGGGGGUAGAGGAUAAGGUGGAUUCAAUUUUAUGUGGUGAUGAAAUUUACGUUUAAAAUAAUUCUAUAUAUCUUUUAAAAGUAACUUGUUAGUUGAAUAUAAAUAUUGCCACAGAUAAAUAAAAAGGAAACUAUCACAUAUAUUUUAUAUAUUUAAAUUACUAUUUAUGCUUCCUAAAAUCGACAGUAUGUGAUUCUUCACUAACAAUCAUUUAGUAUUAUAUUUCUGAGAGAAAAAAGUGUGUGUUAGGAGUUAUUGUUAUAGUAGUUUUCCUUGUAAAGGUAUUGACAGCAAUAGUAGUGUGCUGCUCAAUAAAACCAAAUACGACAGGAGUUAGGGAAUUUUUUUAAUCUAUAUUGAUAAAAAAAAUAGCAAUGCUUUACCAGUAAUAGUUCCUUUCGAGAGCCUUUGAAAUGUUAAAACAUAAUUUUGUAAUGUUUUAUAAUUAAUGUAUAUUUUGAUGUCCAACUAGAAUUCUGAAAGAAUAAGGAAAAAGGUAAGUGGGGGCAUGUGUAUGUUGUGUGUGUGUGUGUGUGUGUGUGUGUGUGUGUGUGUGAAUGAGUACUCGGUGGGAGAAUUGUAUACAUAAAAAGCUUAUUGAAGUUUUAGGUUUUGCUUGCAUUAAUGAGGUAGUGAAAAGAGUACACUCACAAAUAUAAGAAAUAGCAGAGGGAUCUUAAGCAAUUUAAAUGUAUCCUGCCACUACAUUUAACCAACUAGAGUUUAUAUUUCAAACUCAACAACCAAUGCAGCACAAAUCUAAGAAUGAUAAAAAAUGCGUUAAGAUAAAAUCAUAAUGGAAGUAAAAUGUGUUAUGACCCAAAUUGCUAUUUUGAUUUAAAUUAUUAUGACUGUAUAUACUCAAGACAAUCAAUCAAACACAAGAUAUCAAUUCUCAGCAUCCUGAUGAUCUUGGUACAUAAAUAUUCAGGCUCAAGGUGGUAAUGCUCAUCCGUCCCUUGAAUUUACACUUAGACACCAUCUUUCUACAGGGAGACCCAGGUGCAUUUCUUAGAUGCUUGUCUUGCCCAUAUCUCUCUGAAUUAGCUGGGAUAUGUUUUUUUAAUGCUAGCCACUUGUCCAGAAGGAAACAGGUAAUACAGUGAUGUGUGCCAGGUUCAGUCAUUCUCAUUUGUUCUGUCAAACUCAUAAUGUUCUCAGAUUUCACAUGCUCCUUGUUCAAAUACAUUAAUUUCUGAGGAGGUAACAUGUUUAAAAAUUUGACCUUAGGCAAACAAACAUUUCCAUGCUCUUCUCCAAAUCUUCCCCAACAUGGGAAGAAACUGAAAUAUCUGGAAAAGUGGGUCACUGAGAUUUGACUCAAAAGCACUUAUUUUGUGCCUGUACAAUGUUUAAUUGUCCAUUGGGGCAAUAGCCAUUCUAUAAUCAAUUUCCUCUUUAUAUAUAUAGUGUUUCUCUAUGUAGAGGAAAAGAGAUGAUUACUCUAGAGAGAAAAAUAAGCUGACUCUCUGGCAGUAAUAAAUUGGGACACUUAAGUGUAUGAAUUUGGUCAGAGGAUAACCUCAGUCAGUAUACUGUGCCAUGAUAAAGCUCUUAUUUCUAGCAGUGCCAAAGAACAAAUCAAAACAUGGCAUGGUUAUCAGGUUGAAAGAGCUCAUAAUUAUGAAAAAUUGUCUUUUCACAGCAGAUUUUAUAGAAACAAAAUUUUAUUGUCUGUCAGUGAGAGGGUUUAUAUGUGAGAUACUUUUUUGAAGAGAAAAACAAAUUUCUUUAGAAAUGAUGGAAAGAAAAUAUUAAAUACUGCAUUUUUUUCCAAUCAUAGAAGCCAGCAUUAUCUAAACUAUGACAGUAGUCCGUUAUAUAAACCCUGGUAACCUUUCCCUGCGUUUAUGUUACUGAAACAAAUCUGGAGUGAAAUGAAGGUUAAUUUCCACUCAUAUAAAAUAAUUGGGAAAGUACAACAAGAUAUUAUGAAUUUAAAAUGUAUAUAGUAGAUUUGAAGAAUAGACAUCUUCAACACACAACAAUUGUCUGGAUACAAGUGGAUACGACUUUACUUUUCAGAGCAGUGACAUUGCUUCAAAAUGGUGAACAAGUUUCUUCAUGUCUAGAAAAUAAAAGAAUUUUUUUUCUUACCAUGGGCUUGGCAUCAGUGUAUGUCUUGUCUAUGUACAGAAUUUGGUUUAAUUCUUUGAGCAAGUUUAGUGACUAAAUCAGUAAUACUAAACAACCUUACAUGGUUAUUGUUCUCACUGACCAAAUAAGAUAUCGAGACAAGACACAUAUCCAUGCGAUUUUCCUAUUACCUACAUGUUAAUCAAGCUCGUUUUCUAAAGUAGAGCUUGUAAAAUAACUAUACUUUCAUGUGGAAUUAAGAAGAGAUUUCCAUGAUUUAAUCAGUGAUUCUGAGAAGAGAGUUAAUUCACACGUGCAAAGGAACAUAUGUGCAAUAAACCUGUAAUUCAUAACUCUUUGUGUCCUAAACUUAAACGAAAAGAAAAGAAAAGAAGUACAUAUAGUACUUAAGAUUAUCUUACCAGACCCUUCCUGCAAGGGAAAAUAGAUGGCUAAUUGAAGAAUGUGAACAUUUUGUUAUUAACCAGAUUUUUUGUGAGUUUGUUAUCGAGCAACUUAUGUGUCAGUCAUUUAAAAUAAAUUUUCUGAAGCACUUGGAAUUAAACUUUGGAAAAUACAUGGUCUUUGUAUUUAAGGAGCUACUUAUGCAAUCAUUAAUAUUUUCAAAAUAAAGCCAAUUGUUUUUAAAAAGAUAUACAAUCUCGUUUGACAGCUCUUAUAUGUUUAUAUAUGGUAUUCUCAUUUUUCUGAUCAAGUGUACAGUCAAAAUAAGAUACUAAACCAUACUGAAUUUAGCAUUCAAGUAUAAACUAUGUUUAUGUGUAAGCCUCUAUAUGUACACACACAUAUGUACUGCUGUCUGUGUAAAUCAGUAAAAGGGUAACACAUUUUGCUAUGUUAGAUUUGAUCAUUAUGACUUGUGUAUUUGAUGAUUUAAAACCCUUUGAUAUUUGGGUCAAUUACAUUGUAGUAAAAUGUUUAUGAGCUGGAAAAAAUGUCUAAUUGUAUUUCCUUUUUAAUAUUAUGAAGUUUAAAAUAAAGGGAAAAACAUUUUUAAAGAAAUUGAUGGGCCCAUCUCAACCUAGCGUAUGUGAAAACCUUUGAAGUAUUUAGUUGUUCCCAAAUAUAACUGGGUUUUCCCACCCUAAAAGCAUCUGCAUUUAUAUAUGUAUACACCCACAUACAAAUUACACACUGUAUAUAAUAUAUAUGAAAAUGUUUAGUAUGCACUUCUUUUGUUUGGAGUUCUUUGACAUUUAUAGUGUAGCAAUUUGUGUAAAGUGCACUGUGAUUAUAAAAAAACAAAGCACAGUAAAAGUCACAGAUCUUGUUAUCUUGCACUAAAAAUGUGUUAGCAGUUGUAUGUUUACUUUCUUGCUCUUUUCAAACAGUUGAAACAAAUAGCUAUGAAAAUGAUAUAAAAUAAUAUGUUUUUUAGUGGCUAAUAGCACUGCAUUUUUGAGACAGGUUUUUAAAAGAAAACCAUUUAACAUCCAUUCCAAUAUAACAUGUUUAUCAUAUCUAAAAAUCUGAAUGUCAUCUUACAUUUUCAUUAAUCAUUAGAAAUGUCAGGUAUGUGCCUGAAAAAUUGUGCAAAUAAGCAUAACAGAUUUCUCUAUUCUUGUGUUAUUAGCCAUUUCUAUAUGCAUAAUGAUAUAAACACUGAUGUUUCACUGUCUCUUAAUUUUGUACUUGAUUUUUUUAGGUAACAUGUAAUUAUAAAUGUACUUUGAUACUACUGAAGUAACCAGAUGUUGUUGGAAAGGAAAUUGAUUUCUUUAGUGUACUGACAAUAUUUUACAAUACUUUUGUGCUUAUUUAUUUGUGCUCCCG